AUGGCUAUCCUGACCGAAGUCAAGACGCAAGUUGCGUCACAGCAGCUGAAUGUGGAAGAAAAGUCAAAAGAACAACAGACAACUGAGCUUCUAUCUCAGCUACAGUCUACCAAUACUUUGCCGCUAUGGGCGCAAAUGUCAAGGCUUAAUCCUCCAGCUCCAAAUCCAACCUGCAUCCCACAUAUCUGGAAAUAUGACGAGAUUAAGCCAUACUUGCUUCGUGCAGGAGAACUCAUCACGGAGAAACAAGCUGAGCGAAGAGUGCUUAUGCUGGUGAACCCGGCUAGAGAAGCGCCUUAUACUACAGAUACUGUGUAUGCUGGUCUUCAACUAGUCAUGCCAAAUGAGACUGCGCCAGCCCACCGCCACACUGCAUUUGCUAUGCGCUUCAUCAUCGAAGGCAAUGGUGGCUUUACUGCUGUCCACGGCCGCCGUAUCAAGAUGAACCGUGGUGACGUUAUUCUUACGCCAACGUGGAAUUGGCACGAUCAUGGCAAGGACGGAUCUGGGCCAAUGAUUUGGCUCGACGGCCUCGAUUUGCCUAAUUUUCGACACUUCCCCGUACAUUUUGUAGAGCACUAUGAUAAGCCUAGAUAUCCUGCGGAGGAUGUCGAUACCGACAAUAGCCCCAUUGUGUUCCCUUGGGCUAAGAUGCAGGCUCAGCUGGAUGCUGCGGAUGGAGACUGGGUGACCAAGCCGUACCUAAAGGAGGAUGGUCGUGAAGUGUCAAAGAUCCUCGGCGGUUCAGCAGAGAGAUUAAACGCUGGUACCUGCUCCCCAGAAACCCGCGAGACCGCAUCGUCUGUCUAUCACAUUGUGGAAGGUAGUGGCCACUCCGUCAUUGAUGGAAAGGUCUUCAAGUGGAAGAAGGGAGACACUUUCUGCAUUCCGGCGUGGAACAAGUACCAACACUUUGCGAGUGUCGGAAGCACAGCUUAUUUGUAUCGUUUUGAUGACAAGCCCAUGCUGAGAGCUUUGGAAUUUUUGCGGACUGAAGGCGUUGAUGUUGAGACUUUGGUGUCUGAAUGA